AUGGAGAAAACAUCUUCAUCGGAAUCUACCACCAUCUCCGCCAAAUCUCCGGUAGCAACCACCGGAGAAAUGGAGUGUUCUUGGUUCGAAGAUGGUUGCAUUUUCGACAUGGAUUAUUUCGUUAAAACCAUCGCCGGAAUCAAAGCCAAAGGUGUACGUCCUGACCUCAUCGGCUCAAUCAUCGCUCAUUACGCUUCCACGUGGCUCCCUGACCUCUCCGGGGCCACCGUAAACCCCGAUGACCCGCAACCGCAACAAUCGGAGAGUGUAACGGCGUUUGUGAUGAAAAAACGUUUCUUUGUAGAAACUUUAAUCGGAAUUAUACCGCCGGAGAAAGACUCUGUUCCUUGUAAUUUCCUCCUUCGUCUCCUUAGAGCGGCGAACAUGUUUGGAGCAGCCCGGGAUUACACGGCGGAGCUCGAGGCGAGGAUUGCGUGGCAGCUUGAUCAAGCUUCUCUCAAGGAGCUGAUGAUACCUUCGUUUAGUCACACGUGCGGGACAUUGCUUGACGUCGAGCUCGUGACUCGAUUGGUUAAGAAAUUCGCCGGAUUAGACAACGAAGGAGUUAAAUCCGGUGCUUCACUCGUUAAAGUGGCGAAGCUCGUGUACUCUUACUUAACGGAAGCUGCUAUUGAUGGGGAUUUAAGCCUCCCGGAGUUUAUUUCCCUCGCGGAAGCUCUUCCUAACCAUGCCCGUGUAAUAGAAGACGGUUUAUACCGUGCAGUCGACACUUAUCUCAAGGCACAUCCUAAAUUGGAGAAGCAAGAAAGGAAGAGACUUUGUGAGCUAAUAGAUAGCAAGAAGCUAUCAACAGAAGCAGCUCUUCACGCAGCGCAGAACAAUCGAUUACCGGUUAGAGCCAUUAUUCAAGUUCUGUUCACUGAGCAGACUAAGCUAAGUCAUCGCCGCAAGAACAACAUUGAUUGGAGCGGAUCAUCUUUCAGUCCAAUCGCUUCUAGUUCACACUACUCGGAGUCUGGUCCAGCUCGGUGUAUGUCGAAACGUGAAAUGAAUGUUCAGCAGACAGAGAUAAAGAGGUUAAGAGAGGAUAUGGCGAAGCUUCAGAGCGAUUUUGAAGCGAUGCAAACGCAGCUAGAGAAGGUGAUUGAGAAGAAAGGUAGUAGUGGUGGAAGUAAAGGUUUUUUUAGCUGGAAGAAGUUGGGAUUUAGAAGCGGUUUUAGCGUUAGCGUUUUGGAUAAGACGAAUGGUGAAGAGUUUGGUGAGCAUGGAGAAGAGUUUGAGUAUGUAGAUCAAACGCCGAGUAAUAUGAAGACAAAGAUUGUUAAAGGAAGAACACCUUCAAGGUGGAGAAAAUCAAUGUCUUGA